UUAUGAGUUGAUGUAUGGAAUAUUACUUUGGCUUAAACAUAGGCUGAAUUAUAUGGUGUUAGUCUAACUAAUAGGUCCAAACAACUUUGCGUAAGUAGAUUUUUUAAUAAUGCUUCCCUUUUAAUAGUAUAGAUAGACAGUUUUUUUUGUCAACAAUACUAAAUAGACAGGUAGUCCUCUUUUCUUUCACAGAUGUCAUUAUCAUAUUGAGUUACAAAAAAAAAUGUCAUUAUCAUAUUGCAGAAACUAGAACAUGAACACGAAGGAAACUGAAACAGAGCGAAUUUAGUCACUAAUCAGCGGCGAUAAAUUAGGACAUCAAAUUUACGCAAAGUUUAUCUUCAGUACUCAUUUUCUUUCUGGCUCACUUUUAUAUUUUUAAUUUCAUUUAAUUUACCUUUUUAUGGAAUCGUUACCGGAAUAGUCGAAUAAUGAAACAAACCUUUGGCUGGAAGCAAUAAUCAUAACUAAAACGCGUGAAGCCAUUCAAUUCCGUUUGCACCGCGUUAUCCACUAUCCUUUAUUCACAUUGACAACUUUAUUGUGAUUUUAUUUUCCUCAAAAAUGUAAAUUAAUUUUAAACCAAACAACGUAUAGUAUAAUUUUACAGCAAUUUAAAUGUGAAAGUUACCUGAGUAGAGAAUAUAUCUAAUAUGUCGAUAAACAUUUAAAAUUUAAUAGACAAAACAUGUGUCUAAAAGUUAAAUCGUGUAAAAAUUGUUGAAGUUAAUUGAUGAAUAGUUGAGUUUAAUUACUUUGACCAAACGAACAAAUAAAAUAAAGCGAAAACUCUCUCGAGAUCUUCACUGUCAUUGAUUAUUAGAACUACCUUUUGUUAGAAUUUUUAAAUCUCAUUUAAUAAUAUCACCCGCAACUCUCGCUAUCUAAUUGCAUUUUUAUAGACCAAAGUCCUCUACAUUUCUCAAUCCCAUUUCAGGAGAAAGAGCCUUUGAGCUGUCGUCAGUCUCCUGUCAGUAUCAUUCUUCAAAUGGCAAGAGGGAAAGCAACAUCUUUGCUUCAUAUUCUCCUUCUUGGAUCUUUGUUGAUCAGUUUGGUGUCAGUGAAAGGAGAAAGCCCUUACAAGUUUUACACUUGGACAGUGACUUAUGGCAUUAUCUCUCCUCUUGGUGUCCCUCAACAGGUGAUUCUGAUCAAUGGUCAGUUUCCUGGUCCAAAGCUUGAAGUUGUGACUAAUGACAACAUCAUCCUCAAUCUCAUCAACAAACUUGACCAACCUUUCCUCUUGACCUGGAAUGGAAUAAAGCAGAGGAAGAACUCAUGGCAAGAUGGUGUAUUGGGAACAAACUGUCCAAUCCCACCAAACUCAAACUUCACUUACAAGUUCCAAACCAAAGAUCAGAUCGGAACUUACAACUACUUCCCUUCCACAGCCUUUCACAAAGCGGCCGGUGGAUUCGGAGCUAUCAACGUCUAUGCAAGGCCUAGGAUCCCAAUCCCUUACCUUCUCCCAGUCUCAGACUUCACUCUACUCAUCGGUGAUUGGUUUAAAACCAACCACAAAACGCUCCAACAGCGUUUGGACUCUGGUGGGGUCCUUCCAUUUCCAGACGGUAUGCUCAUAAACGGACAAACCCAAACUUCAUUCACAGGCGACCAAGGGAAGACUUACAUGUUGAGAAUCUCCAAUGUUGGGUUAUCGAGCACUUUCAAUUUCAGAAUCCAAGGACAUAAGAUGAAAGUAGUCGAAGUUGAAGGCUCUCACGUGAUUCAAAACGAUUAUGAGUCUCUUGACGUUCACGUUGGCCAGUCUCUCUCUCUUCUUGUCACCUUAAACCAACCUCCUAAAGAUUAUUACAUCGUUGCAAGCACCCGGUUCCUGAGAAGGAAGCUUAACGUUACUGGUCUGUUGCGCUAUUCAAACUCCCGAUUCCCAGCUUCUGGUGCUCCUCCUCCUCUUCCUCCUGGAGAGCUUAUUUGGUCCAUGAGACAAGCCAGAACAUUCAGGUGGAACUUAACGGCUAAUGCAGCUAGGCCAAACCCUCAAGGAUCAUUCCACUACGGGAAAAUCAAACCGACCAAGUCGUUUGUUUUCUCGAACUCAGCUCCUUUGAUCAACGGGAAGCAGCGCUAUGCGGUUAAUGGAGUCUCCUAUGUGAACUCAGAGACGCCUGUGAAACUCGCUGACCACUUCAACAUCGCAGGAGUGUUCAGCACGAAUGCUAUUCAGAGCGUCCCCUCUAACUCGCGUGUGACUGUUGCGACGUCGGUUGUUCAAGCAUCUCUCCAUGAUUUUCUUGAAAUUGUGUUUCAGAACAGUGAGAAGUCAGUGCAGUCUUGGCACCUUGACGGUUAUGACUUUUGGGUCGUUGGAUUUGGUUCUGGACAAUGGACUCCUGCGAAGAGAAGACUUUACAAUCUUGGUGAUGCUCUUACAAGACACACAACUCAGGUGUACCCAAACGCUUGGACAACAAUAUUGCUGUCUUUGGACAACCAAGGGAUGUGGAAUAUGAGAUCGGCUAGAUGGGACAGACAAUAUCUAGGACAACAGUUUUAUCUAAAAGUGUGGGAUCCAGUGAAGAGUCUUGCCAAUGAGUACAAUCCUCCAGAUAAUCUUCUUCGCUGUGGCAAAGCUGUUGGAAGACACCUUUAGAGAGAUCAUUUUAUACAAGUUCUUACUUCAUCUGCUCUUUUUUUAUAUUUAAGUUGAUCAUGUGUUUGUUCGAGGAUUAAUGGUUUUGUUAUUUCUGGUCAUGAGAGUAUGGCUGGUUUUUUACAUUUGUAAUGUGUUAAACACCACCGGGAGGGAGGGAGGGAGAUUUGAUAUCUUUUAAGUAGGUUGCUUCUUCAGAUUGGAGGUUUACAAAUAAAUAAAUAUUUUGAAUAACUCCAGUCAACUUGUUUUUUUUUUCCAAGGAGAAAACUAAAGCGAAAAAAAAAAGAAAAAACUGACAUUUUUGAGAGAUAGUGUGGUGGAGAGAGAUAUUUGUUCUGGUGUUUAUCCAAAUAUCUUAAUUAUGUAGAUUAUUAUUUAUUCUGGUAUUUAUCUUAAUUAGUUAUAAUUAUCUUAAGGAUUUUUAAUAGUUUUAAGAUUAUUUGGUUUUCAUAUAAAUAGGCGUUUAUGCCUUGAGUUGUAUUCAGAUUAUUGAUAUUGAUAUUUUAUAAAAUAGAGGUUUGAAACCUUUAUUUCCUUGUUACGGCUAGAACUCGAGAGUUCUCAACGAAUCAAGAAGACUUUGAUUUUAGGUAUUCUCAGACUAAAUAGGAUUCAUUGUGUUAUCGUAGCUUCCGCUACCUCAGAUGGUAUCAGAGCUGGUGUUUUGGUUUCUUAAUCAAAACUUGAUCUGGAAUCAUGGAGAAUUUGUUUGCAAAAAGUGAAAUUAUCAUUUACAAAAAAAUUGUUGGAGGUCCUAUUUUCGACGUUUAUGAUGAUGGAGGUUGGAUUCACGAUGAGGGCAGUGGCUUCGAGGUGCAAGACUUAGGCAAUUGGAGAGAUGCAGUUUUUCUCCACAAGAUUCUCGUGGAAAUCAACAAGUCUGAUGAGGUUUCUCUCCAAAAGAUUGGAUUCCUUGUCGUGGAAGGGAAAAACUUAGCAGUGGACUGUGGACAAUUCACGUACUAAAGGUUAUGGUGGCAAUGGGGUUUUGAAAAAUUAUGGCCCAAUAAGAACUUUCAGGCAUUACUAUAUUGAGGAGCUUAUGGAUCUACGAACAUUCAAUCUCAGGUGGGUUACGUGGUAUCAUGGAGAGCAAAGUUAUAUUUUCUUAUUUGGAAAAUAUUAUCAAUGGAAAAAGAAGAAAAAAAAAGAUGAAGCUAACCACCAUUAAGAUUCGAGGACGAAUCUUUCUAACCCGGAGAGAAUAAUGGAGAGAGAUAUUUGGAUAUAUCCAAAUAUCUUAAUUAUGUAGAUUAUUAUUUAUUCUUGUGUUUAUCUUAAUUAGUUAUAAUUAUUUUAAGGAUUUUUAAUACUUUUAAGAUUAUUUGGUUUUCAUAUAAAUAGGCGUUUAUGCCUAGAGUUGUAUUCAGAUUAUUGAUAUUGAUAUUUUAUAAAAGAGAAGUUUGAAAUCCUUUAUUUCCUUGUUACGCCUAGAACUCGAAAGUUCUCAACGAAUCAAGAAGAUUUUGAUCUUUGGUAUUCUCAGACUAAAUAGGAUUCAUUGUGUUAUCGUAGCUUCCGCUACAUCACAGUGGGCCUAAAAAAACCCAAUAGAAGAGAUGACCAUACCCAAAACAGAGCUUUGAAAAAGAAAGUUUGACUAGGGGAUGAAGUCUAAAAAGAAGCAGUUUCUUGUACGUUUGGACGAUCAUAAAACUCAAUCGCUGCUUUGGAUCGGAGAGUUUCAAAAAUGAAUUGCCAAGUUUGUCAGCUGAAGGAAUUGGUAUCAUAAUCCUCCUCCCUCUUCUUCUUGUUAUUUGCUAGAUAGAUGAGUCCUCAAUCGUGUUUCUAUUUGGUUUCGUGCAGGAAGUGGAAUCAUUCGAGAUACGAGAGGUUCUAUGCUGUAAGUUUAGUUAUAGGAGGAAGUAGGUAGGUUUUUGAUUCAUGUGCUCUCACUCAGUUAGCUGAUCGGAUGAUCCUACUACUACUGAUCAAACCUCAUCAUGUUUUUAAGUUUUGAGAUUAUUCAGAUGCCAGUUUUUAGAGGUCUGAUCA